GAUAGGUCAGAAAAGUACGAGCUCACGAAAAUUUGAACUUCAAUCGAAAAUUUUGCCGGUUCCCGGCCCCCCCUCUCUUUUUUUUUUUUUUUUGUUUCCUCUGUAACUUUUUUUCUCUAGGGUUUUUGCUCUUCAACGUUUAGCAGAACAUGAAGAGGAAACUUGAUACUCGUUUCCCAGCCGCUCGAAUAAAGAAGAUUAUGCAAGCUGAUGAAGAUAUUGGAAAAAUUGCCAUGGCUGUUCCUCUGCUUGUUUCUAAAGCAUUGGAGUUAUUUCUUCAAGAUUUAUGUGAUCGAACAUAUGAAAUAACUAUGAUGAAGGGUGCCAAGACGAUAAAUUCUUCGCAUCUAAAGCAGUGUGUACAGGGCUUUAAUGUUUUUGAUUUUCUUAGAGAAAUUGUGGGUAAGGUUCCCGACCUAGGUGGUCUGGAUGCUGCUACCGAGGAUUGUCAUGUUCCCAAAAAAAGGAAAGUAGCUGAUGAUGAUGAGUCAAAGAAGAGCAGAAUGGAUGAGAGUUGCCAUGUUACUAGCUCAAGCAGAGGACGGGGUAGGGGCAGAGGUAGAGGUCAAGGUAGAGGGAGACAAACAGCAGGGAGAGAGACUGCUGCACAUUGUGGAAAGUUUGAAGAUGAUCCCAACAUUUCUUAUUUUGAAGAAAAGCAUGCUUUAAGCUUGGAAAGGCACGUGCCUGAUGAUGCGGUAGAGUCUGAUGAGUCAAAGAAACAUAAUCAUGCAGGCAAGAACAUCAAAACUCCAGUUCGGAACAUUGACCUCAAUGCAGACUUGGAUGAGAAUGGGGACUUGAUCACAUCCAUUGCUACUGCUAGUCCAAGAACAGAUGACAUCCCUGAAAAUAGAGAAGAAUACCCUGGUUGGUCACUUUGUGAAAUCGAGAAGAUGGCUAUUGAUCCUAUUAAACUUGCUGAUUCGAAUGGGGGAAUAGAUGACGAAGACUAUGAUGAAGUAUAAGCGAGAUUGCUACUUUAAUUUGUGUAUUAUUAGUUCGGAUAUGUGCAGUUCUUUGCUGAUGUAGAUUACAGUGUAGAUCUUGAAGAAAAACAAUGGUAGGAAACUUAGAAAAAAAAAAGGAAUCACUGACAGAUACAUUCUAGAUCAGUCUAUUGGUUUUAGCAUUUGUUUUUCAUUUCUGUAGGAACUUUGUAAUAUAGUUUUACACCAAAUGGAACUGACGCUAGUUUUCAAUUCUUUGAUGAUCAAGGAACAUUGUUGAUGCAACUAUUCAUGUCAAAUAUAAGUUAUUCCAAUUUUUUAAUA